GCGGGUAAAAUGGCCGUCUUCCCUCGUCUCGUCCUUCCUCCGUCGCUCACGCGCGUCUCUCUCUCACGCUUCUGCCACUCCUCCCGCCGACUAACAAUUAACUAAGCCAAUGACAAUUCAGGCCCGAAGUUGCCGCGGUAUCAUCCAAAUGUAGGCUCGUGGAACUUUUCGUUUGCUCUGCGAAUGCCCGCACGCGAGACCCCGUAAUCGAGUAUCGACUAGUGUCCAAGGGAGAGAGCUCGUUUCUGAUUUAUUGCCUGUUUUCGCGAGCUUGGCGGCGCGAAGAGGCGCUCGUUUCCGAGACAUAUUCUCGCGGUUGCCUCUUGGCUGCAUUGCAGAAUCCCUACUCCCAAGCUCGCGCCUCUUACCCUCAGCUUGGGAAGGCGCCCGUUGACGUUGCUCUCUCGCCGGUUCCCACGCCUCUCUCGGGGCCCCCUUUUUUUUUGCCCGUCAUGGCCCGAUCCGCAAUGCUGGCUGGCAGUAUGCCGCCGGCAUACUCAGCCACACCUAACAUCCUCCGCCGCCUCGUCGUCCUCCUCCUACUCACGGUCGUCGGCAUCUCCUCCCCCGCGGCCGCGGCGUCACACCAUCCGGCCCCGGCGGCACCAGGGCGGGCGGCGGCGAGGUGGGCGGCACCCCUGGCGCCCGUGGCGGCGGCCAUCCUCCGGCGCGACUACCAGGACUCGGUGUGCAAGCCCGCGACGCGGCAGGUGGGCGACACGGUGCCUCCGUGCGUCGAGAUCGAGACCAUCGAGACCAUGUGCACGCCUAACGGCACGGGCCCGCUCUUCCUUGCUGCACACCAGCAGUGCAUGUGCCGGGGCUCCUACUUCGCCGACUGGCCCGCCUGCCUGUCGUGCCUGUUCCUGCACGGCCAGCGCACCGAGCGCGACGUCGGCCAGUACAUGGGCGUCCUGGCCGCGGCCUCGAGCUCCUUCUGCGACGCGGCCGCCGCCCCAACCGCCGAGUUCGCCAGCGUCUUCGCCGCCGUCCAGGCCACCGCCGCGCCGCCCGCCACGGGAGCCACCGUCGCCUCCGACCGCGCCCCCGGCCAGACCGCCGUCAGCCUCUACUACACCGCCACCGCCCGCCAGGGGCCCGGCCGCAUCACCGGCGACGCCGCCCUCGCCACCGCCACCGCCCUGCUCACCGCCACCAGGGCCCCGACCUCGGCGCAAGACGCCGCCGACGACUCCCCGCUCGGCACAAAGUCGGCGAAGGGGUCCGGCACCGUGGGCGUAGGGGGGAAAGGUGGUCCGGCUUCGACGACCGCGACUCCGGCUGCCAGCGGGCCGUCCUCGUCUACGGAGUCCAACGCCGCCUUGUUCGGGAGGGCGAUGGACUGGUGCUUCCUAGUCGGGACCGCGGGGGCAAUCGUUGCGCUCGUUUUAUGAUGGACCAAUUUGGCGCGCGCUGGGACGGCCACUUUGGUCUCGCAGCACCAGGGGGCACGAAUGAGUUUGGCAGUCACGCAGGUAGUAGCAUCGAUGGUUGCAACAGAAGGGCUUAGAGAAAGGGGACGGAGUUGUCUUGGUUGAAGCCUAUAUAAUGUACCUUUCUGUAUUUUCCAUUUUUCAUCAUUUUUGCCUUGUGGGACGACCAGUUCUCUUGAUACCAGUUUCAAUUCACAAGCACCGCUACUGUUGUGGAGGCUUCUAUUGCGGCAUGUGUUCGAAUGGCUUCGCAAGCUUCUCCUGGCAGAAGGGCAGCUUGCCGACAGUCCAGAUCUCGGUGUCCUGAUUGAAGACGCCAGGUUAGCAUGUGGCUAUAAUUUUCAUAACUUUCAAACUUCACCCUGCUCUCGGAAGGCGGCCGAGCGGGAGUCGAGAAGGGGACACAAAGACAAAAAAUAUC